UCUAAUGGCCUUCUUCCCCAAAUCAAACCGAUCAAGCAGAUCUCUCCUAUCGUUCUGCCGAUUGGACGACCGGAAAUGAGUACUCGAGUGGUCGGAUCCGCGCUGCUCCGACACAUCCGCCCUCGCCCUCUCUCGGCCGUCUCCUGCGCCGGCCGGGAGCCCCCCGCGUACACACUUCUCCUCUCCGUCCGCGCCGCCAGCACCACUGCAUCGCCGGCCAAGAAGGGAGACGAGGCGAAGCCUUCCGCCGUUGCCACGCCGAAUGAGGGCAAGCUUGUGUCCAACUAUUGGGGGAUCGAGCGAUCCCAGAUCGCGAAAGCAGAUGGCACUCCCUGGAGAUGGUCCUGCUUCCAGCCAUGGGAUGCGUACAAGGCGGAUACCUCGAUCGAUAUGAAGAAGCACCACGUCCCCACCACGCUCCUCGACAAGAUCGCGUACAGGUCCGUGAAAACCCUGCGUGCCGCCAGCGACGCCUUCUUCCAGAGGCGACAUGUAUACCAUGCGCUGUUGCUGGAGACGGUAGCGGCGGUGCCGGGGAUGGUGGGAGGCAUGCUACUCCACCUACGCUCGCUUCGCCGCUUCGAGCACAGCGGUGGGUGGAUCCGGGCGCUGCUGGAGGAGGCGGAGAACGAGCGGAUGCACCUGAUGACGUUCAUGGAGGUGGCGCGGCCGCGGUGGUACGAGCGGGCGCUGGUCCUGGCGGUGCAGGGCGUCCUUUUCAACGCCUACUUUGUGGGCUACCUGGUGUCGCCCAAAUUCGCCCACCGAGUCGUCGGAUACCUGGAGGAGGAGGCCGUCUACUCCUACACCGAAUACCUCAAGGACCUCGAGGCCGGCGCCGUCGAGAACGUCCCCGCCCCCGCCAUCGCCAUCGACUACUGGUGCCUCCCGCCCGAAGCCACCCUCAAGGACGUCGUCGCCGUCAUCCGAGCAGACGAGGCGCACCACCGCGACGUCAAUCACUUCGCCUCGGACAUACAUUGCCAGGGAAUGGAGCUGAAGGAUACACCGGCGCCGCUGGGUUAUCAGUGAAUUGCUUCCGUUGCUAUAUUUUAUGUAUGAAUAAUUUCUGUAAAUCUAAUAAAAUGAAUAAAAGAUGAGACCAAAUUGUUUUUAAAUAAUAUAAAUAUGAAAAUUAUGACAA